GACGCGGCUACGGCUUCAGCACGGCCAUGAUUCUGCCGGAGCGCGGCGAGGACGACUCGAGCGGCGUGAGCUCGGCGUCGAGCGCGUGCGCGAGCGACACCGGCCGGCGCGCGCUGCCGGACGGCCAUGCCACGCCGCCCAGUCCGAGCCCGGAACAGGCCGGCUUCAGCGUGUUCGGCGACAAGCUCGACCUCUUCAUGGAGAUCCUGCAGACGCGCGAGCGCAUCCAGCAGGACCUGCAGACCGAUGUCGAGGGCUGCAGAACGGCGGACAUUCCCCCCGGCUCGGAGGAUGCCCAUCCGCCGAAGGAGGUCGUCCAGCUGUCGAGCCAGCUGGAGCAGGGUCAGCACCACUGGGACCAGCCUCAGGAGCGGACCAGCAGCUUCAGGUCGCAGGCGGAGCUGGGCCGCGAGGGGCGCGGCGGGCUGCUGCUCUCCCUGCAGGAGCUGCUGGAGUGGGUCAUCAGGAAGGAGACGGAGCUCAAUCAGCUGGAGCCGCUCCGCGCGGACGCAGCGGCGCUCCAGCAGCAGCAGGAGGAUGCCCGCUCUCUGCUGAGCCAGCUGUCGGACCGCCAGGCGCUCAUCAGUAGCAAGCUGAGCGCCGCCAGAGCGGUCAGCUCCGAGCCUGCCUUACACUGCGAGGCCAGCGAUACUGAAGGUCGAGGCGAGCGCGAUGGCUACGGCCGGGAGCGUCGCUCCGAGCUGGACCAGAGUCUGGAGCAGGCGAGGGCUAUCGGUCGGGAGGCGGCCAAGCUACAGGACAAGUGGCGAGAGCUCGGCCGACGCGCCGAACUCUUCCGACGACGCGCUGACUCGGCCCUGGCGAAGAGGCACGUGCUGGAGCGGUGCAUGAACGAGGUCGAGCAGCGGCUGAACGACAUCGAACAGACCCAGCCUGACGUGGUCACCAACGGUGACGUCGCAGAGGACCGCCUGCUGGAGGUGCAACGAAGCCUGGAUGACGUCAAUGCCCAGGCCAGCCGGCUGGCAGAGAACAACGUGCCACUCUCCCCGGAGCACGCCGCUCGGCUGGCCGCCCUCAACGGCCGGCUGCACUCGGUGGCGUCGACCGUCUCGGCGGCCUACGGCGGGCCGCCGGCGCCGCCCGACCUGGGCCGCUCGGUGGAGCCGCCCUGGGAGCGUUCCCAGACCGAGCACGGCGUGCCGUACUACCUGCACCACGGCGAGCGACGCACCCAGUGGGACCACCCGCGGCUCGACCAGCUCAUGCGCGGCCUGCCGCAGCUCGACGCCGUCCGGUUCUCGGCGUACAGGACCGCGCUGAAGCUGCGGCGCCUGCAACGCGCCCUGCUGCUGCACCGGCUGCCGCUGGCCGAGGCUGCGCAGGCGUUUGAGGCGCAGGCGUGGCGCCUUCCAGCGACCGGUCUCGUGGCCGUGCCCGACGUGGUGGCCGUGCUGGUGGCGCUGUACGGGGGUAUGGACCCUCCGGUGACGACGGACCUGGCGCUGAGGAUGGACCUCUGUCUCAACUGGCUGCUCAGCGUUUACGACAACCGUCGGACUGGUCGCAUUCCUGUCAGCUCCUUUAAACUGGCCAUCAUCACUCUCUGCAAGGCACAUCUGGAGGAGAAAUACCGCUACAUGUUCCAGUUGGGCGCCGACAACCGACAGCGGCUGAACGAGAAGCAGCUGGGUCGGCUACUGAGCCAACUGCUACAGCUACCUGGCCAGAUGGGCGAGGAGGUCGCCUUCGGCCCCGCGGCCGUGCAACCGUCUGUCACCAGCUGCUUCCGCGCCGCCGCCGCAGCCGCCGCGGCCGACGGUGACGAAGAGGACGAAAAGGAGGGGGAGCAGGAGACGACCUUGUGCGAAGCUGAGGUCCUGGACUGGCUGCGCGCCGAGCCGCAGAGCCUGGUGUGGCUGCCGGUGCUGCACCGGGUGGCGGGCGCCGAGAAGUCCCGACAUCAUGCCCGCUGCAAUGGCUGCAAGGAGUACCCCAUCGUCGGUUUCAGAUACCGGUGUCUGAAAUGCUUCAACUUCGAUAUGUGUCAGCAAUGCUUCUUCACCGGACGUGUCGCCAAAAGUCACAAACUCAGUCAUCCCAUGCACGAAUAUUGCACAGAGAGUUCGUCAAGCGAUGACAUCAAGGACUUCACCAGGUCGAUACGAAACCGGUUCAAGUCGAAGCACUACUUCCGCAAGCAUACCAAGCUGGGCUACCUCCCUGUCCAGCCCAUGGCUGAGGGCGUCACUUCGGCCGCCUCCGCCGAUCAUCUGCGCACCUGCUCACUGGACCAGGGCGCGCGCACGAACGGACACGCAACCUCCGAAGUGGACGCUCACAGCUUCUCCAGUCCGGAGAGUGAGGACGAGCUGCAGCUGAUCACGCAGUACUGCAUGAGCCUCUCGUCCGAGGGCGUGUCGGACGAGACGCGCGACGAGCAGCUGCGCGCCGUCAUCCGCCAGCUGGAGCAGGAGAACCGCGCCCUCCAGGCCGAGUACCAGCGGCUGGCACGCGCCGGCCCCGCCGCCCCGGCCGGCCUGCCGGCAGCCGCCGCCGGUCCGCCUACCAACGCCGAGCCGGAGGCGCCGCGCGCCGGCGACGACGCCGACCCGCCCCCGGCUCUGCCCGCCUCACCCCCGCCGGAGCUGGGUCGAGAGUCGUCGAAGGAGGAGGAAGAGGAGGAGGCCCCGCCUCCGGUGGCCUCCUCCGGGGAGAACGCACCUCCUCCGGCGGCGGAGGAGCCCGACGGCGGCCGACCCGAGGGCGAGGCCCCCCUGCAGACCAGGAUGCAGGAGCUGGACGAGCACAACCGGCAGCUGGGGCAACGGCUGAGCAAGCUACGGCGCCUGCUGAACGGGGGCACCAACCUGGCUCGAAGCAGCACACUGCAGACGCGCUCGGUGACGGCCUCUCAGCUCGCCAGCGACUCCCCAGCGCCCGAAGGUGGCUGUGGGCGUCCGAUUCCGCUGGCUUUUUCGCUGCCCAGCAGAGAACAGUUCAACGCAGAGCUGCUGAGUGCGUAGCUGCGUAGCUGCGUAGAUUGCCCCCUCCCCCACCGUUGGUGGAAGUUAUGACCCAGACAAUGCUGUCGGGUGCAUGCUACAUCCGAGGUCCGUGGCUACCGCUGGGUGUAGGUGUGAUUUCACGAGUGGGCGAUUCAUUACAACAAGCUACUUAUCUUCCGAAUGCAUAUCCUGACCGCAUGGCUGACUGUCAUGCGAUAGAGCUUUGAGGCCGAGUGGUGAGUUGAGAGAUGAGGGUCGCCGCCGCCACGGGUGCAUGGUUCGCCCUGUUACUAGGAGAGUGAGGUGCCGGGCACAUCGCUGCACCGGGCUGUCCACUGCUGGCUGGGUAUUUGAAUAUUAUCGUGUUGAACGCAGCCGUUAUGUGUGCUUUGUGUAAUUGCCGUGAACAAUGUGAUAUUUACUGGUCUUUACACGUUAGCAAGCGCUUCCGGAGCGGCGGCAGUGAAUGUUGGAGCGCAGGUGGGAGCGGACGCGCCCUGUUUCGUAUCUUUUUGCGGCUAACGCGUCAACAGUGUGUUGUGUAA